AAUUAAAUUUUUCUAACAAACAUAUAUUGUUAAAAACACAUUUAUAAAUUUUUGUGAUAAACCUUGUAGUCAAGAAUUAGAUAAAUUAAAUAAUAAAUGUUAAAAGCCAAUGUUUGUCAACUAUAAAGUAAAUUCUGUGUAAAUGUUAUUUUAUCAAAUUUGGGCACAUGUAUAUAAAACGAAUGUUUCGAAAAGAAUUUAUAUAGUACAAUUAUACAAUUUUAUGAAUUUGUUUCAAACUUGACAAUGAAGUUUUUAUAUCCAUUAACCAUUUUUAUCAUUUGUGCUUUCCAAGUACAUUUUAUUUUAUCAAAUGAAAUAAUUGGAAACGAAAAAUUUGUCCAACUGAGAAAUGUGCGAAAUAUGGUAAAAGAGAGACAUGAAAAUUUAACGAUGCAUUUGAAUCAAGAGAAAAAUUAUAUACAUAACGAUUUUCGUAUUUUAAUAAAAAGUUUAAAUGAUACAAUGAUAAAUUUAGCAUUUUCGAAAAACUCUCAACUACAGAUAAUAAAUCAAACGGAAAAUUGUAGUGAUACAAGUUUCUGCAGAAAUGAUGCAUAUCGAACUGUAUUAGAAUUGAUUGAUAAUCACAAUAAAUCCUUGAUUCAAAUUGCAGAUGAAAAUAUGGAGAAUAUAAUAAAAAACAGUCAAUUAAUUAAUCUCACUCAGGUGGCAGCGAAAAUUUUAUUGACUUUAAAUUCAGAAAUGCUUGAAAAUAAUGAAUGUUGCUUAAAAAAUCAUACUUCUUAUAAGACAGCAGUUGAUUGUCUGGAUGAUAAAAUAAGGAAAGCUCAAGACUUUCUGAAUAAUUGUAUAACAAAAGAACAUACCUUUUCAUUGGAAAAUUCUCCUAACUUAAGGAACAAUAUGAUAAUUACAUAUAAUAAAAUGAGUAAGCAGCAUAUCAGUUUACUUCUAAAAUUGGGAAGAUUAGAACCUUCAUUUAAAAAAUGCACUUUCGAUUGUGUAACUACCACUCCUAAAAAGGAGUUAUUGAAUUUUGAAAUUUACACAUGAAUUAGAAAUUUAAGUGCAAUCUUACCUAGUACAAUUGAUUGAUAUUAUAUAUUUCCAUUACGUAAUAGCAAUACAAAAAAUGUUGUAAUUAAAAUAUAUCAGAAUGCAUUGAUCAUAAACACAAUAUUAUCAAUUAGUUUUGAGUGUAAUUUAAAAAUAUAUGUUAUUAAAAACAUGUUAUUUAUUAAAAAAAAAAA